AUGGCUCAGUUCGCCAAGGUUCUGGAUCAGGUGAGGCUGGUUCUCACCUGGGCUCUCCCAGGCAAGGUCUGUGCUUUCCUGGAUCUAUUGGUGAAGGAGGGGAUUAUCUCAGAGGCAUACAAGAAGAGUUUGAACCUAUGCUGGCUUAAAGGGAUUGAGCCUAAAUUGACCUGUAAACAUGGAUGUGGCAAGUUGGAUGAUGAUUUCAGUUCUCAGGGAUCAACGGCCCAGCGGUACCUCGACCAAGAACCGAAGAGCCAAGCCAGGAUAGACUAUUUGGAAUCUUCUGCCAGUGACCGCAAUGUGGAACAAACUGAAUCUGUCUCAUCAAUAGAGGAAGCUAACAGCACAAGAUUUAAUCUGCAAAAAAACCCGUGGCGCAAAUAUGAAAUCCCUCCGAGAAACCAGGGAGAAAUUCAGGAAUUAUUGAAAGAAAUUGCAAUGGAUGUGUCCUACUUGAAUCAAGAGCUCUUUUCCUCACCAUCAGUGUAUGACAGGAUUCUUAGAUCCAGCAAUCAAAAAGCAGAACCGCUGAGCAGUGCAAGCAGUGAGCCUGCAAGUGAUAAUGAAAGAGUAGGCAAGGGGAAUUUGGAAAAUGAGGAGGAGUGUUUAGAGCAAGUCGAAGAGGCUGCAAGGAAGAUAGCUGUCCCUCUGUGGCAGCACUGGGACAGAGGACAAGCGAUGCUGCAGACCUUGUUUCCCUAUGAGCCGAGUGAUGGGAUGGCGUCCGAUGGGGAAUACCAGUCCAGCUUUUUGGAUAUGGAGGAGGAAAUAGAGCUGGCAGUUGCUUGCAGGAGCCUUGAUGCCUGUGUUGGUGACUCUCAGUGUACAGAACCAAGCUUUGCAUGUGAUACAGAAGCAGGCACGGCAGAACAAGAAGGGCUUCACUUCUCUACAUUCAACACAGCUGCUGUAUUUAACACAGAAGAGUCAAGAACACAACGAGAGGCAAAAAACGGUGCACCUGUUGAAGCUUGCAAAGCAGCUGAAGCGGGUUACUUCACAACAAUGCUGGAGGACCAGUUUGAUACUGGUUGGCAGGCUGAUAGGCUGGCAGAGACGGUGGAUGACCUGUUCUUUUUGGCAGCAGAAAUACUAUGUCAACAAUGUGGAACAACCUCUGGACUACCAGAAAGUGGUAUCAGGCAACACCUUUAUUCAGGUGUUACUGAGGACAGCAAAACGGUUGUGCAAGAUAAUGCUCAUUACAGUUCGACAAAUGGAUUAAUAGAUAGCCUCAAAGAUGUUUUCAGGGACACUCCAGCAUCCAGCAUAGACCGACUGAGAGAAUUAAAUGAGAAAAGGGAUUUAAACUCCGAUGCCAAGAUGCAGGAAUUUGACCAGGACUCCUUGGGCCUGCCUGAUAUCCUUCCUGAUGAUCUGUCAAACUUUUUGGACGAUGACUACUUAGUUACUCACCUGGAUCCAGCCAUGCUCUUCAGUAUGGAUCUUGGUGUUGACUGCGUGGAUGAAAUCAUCCUCAACAGUGAGGCGUCUAUGGCGAUGGAGGCCCCCCCUCUUGCUAACCACAAAGAGCAGGGAAGACAGAGCAAGACAAAAACUAAACCUAAAAGGAAAAGACAGAGAGAUGUCAUGUCUAAACAGUGCAACAGCAACUCCAGAGUGAAAAGGCAAAAAGCAAUAGAUUCACCUCAACCCCAAGAGGCAACUGCUGAGCCAUCUCUCAUUCAUGGUACCGAUGCUGAAGCAGUACCAGUUCCAGCAGAGCCUAUAGGAGGCCUCUCCACCCCCCAGCCAGGAAUCUUCCACGUGUUUCGCCCCCAGUCAGCCAAUUCCAUCCCAUUUCAAUUCAUCCCAUUCCAAGAUUCAUCUGCUUAUAAGGUGGUCCAGCUGUCCUCCUCUCCUCCUCCAAUCAUUAGACUCCCACUCCCCAAUUCAGCUGCUAUGCCUACAUACAUCUUUGUUCCAGCACCUUCUCCUCCCUGCAAACGCCAACUUCCACCCCUCUCCCCAGUUGAUGGAACAGUGGCACCUGUUCUGGUGAGUUCAUUUCAGCCAGGAUCCAAGUCAGAUAAGGCAUGCAAAGCCAUGUCCCCCACUACUGCACCAUCUCCAUCACCCACGAACGAUUUGUCCCCUUGUAAGGAGCCACCUAAGUCUCCCACAGUUGUUGAAAUCCCCCAGACUGUGAAAGACUAUAUCCAGCAAUCUAAAACACACAUGAGUCAAAAAUGCCUGAAUAUGGAGGCAGGCCUACAGCUGACAACCCAUUAUGUGGAUGUGAGUGUGAGCCAGAGAGAGAUUGUUCGUGGUGGGAAAAACACAAACAGGUGUCUGGAUAAGGAGCUCAUCAUCACUGGAGAUAUAGAUCGUCAAAAAAGCUCAGUGGGGCAAAGUCAGAUUUUUGACAGCCUAAACGGUAAACGUUACAAUUUGCUAUUCGGCAAUGCUGGCAUGGGGAAAACAACUCUGAUUAAGAAGCUGUGUUUGGACUGGUCCCAAGACUUGAUCCCUCAGUUCGACUUUGUCUUUUUACUAGACGGCAAACAGCUGAAUUUAACAGAGCCUGUCCACAGUCUCCAAACGCUGCUGCUUAACCAGUCCUCCUUCGCUCCCCCCUGCACUGACCCCGAAGGAGUGUACGCUCAGAUCCUCUCAGCUCCUAAACGGGUUCUUGUUGUUUUUGAUGGGUUUGAUGAGCUGCGGGACUAUGAAAUGCUGCUGCAGACGCAAGAGAAGGAAUUGGUAGCUGCGCUGCAAAAAGACAGUAAGGCUCAGGCCUUUACGGUGAAGCAGCUGUUCUCAGGAAUCCUUCAGAGGGUCCUGCUCCCGGGAUGCACGCUCCUCCUCGCCACCCGCCCAAGAGGCACAGCCAACCAGCUGCUACGGCGCGCAGACAGCUUUCUGGAAGUCUGUGGGUUCACUCCAGAAAAUGUGGAGACGUACGUGUCUCAGUACUUCUCUGAUACUGAACUUCGAGCGUCUGCUUUGGACCUCUUAAAAAGCUGCAGCUACCUGAAGCUCCUCUGCUGGAACCCUGCACUCUGCCAUUUAGUGUGCACUGUUUUAGAGCAUGGCAAAGGUUCAGAGGCCUUACCGAGAACUUUAACUGCACUCUGUCAUGAGGUGCUCAGUUUGAAAUUGGAAAAAGUCAGAGGAAGCACAGAGUCGCCUGCUGAGCCAGAGAAACAAAAUAAUGCUGCACAUGUAGAGGAACCUCUGAGUGAAAUCUCAAACAGUUCUCAGGGAAGGAGGGGGGAGAGGAAAAAACACACUAGAACCCGAGGUGUAACGCACAAUGCUUCACGGAGUCAAAGAGCAAGGAGGAGGAAAGGACAGGAGAAAAAUGAUGAGGAGAACGUUUGCAAGGACACUAACAGCUCACAGGGAGGAGAAUUGUUGUCUCAGCUAAGCUCUCUAGCUUGGGAGGGGAUCAAAUCGAACUCGACCACAGUUCCAAGGGGACGGGGUGUUUCCCACAAAGUCAGAGAGUUUGGCUUGAGGACUGGUCUGCUGCUUUCUCAGUCCCUAACGACAAGGACAACUUUCCAAACAGAGAGCGUCGGGGGAGGUGGGGGAGGAGAUAACAGUGGGAUGGAAAAAGUACAGGAUGAAGAGAGCAAAAGCAAAGAAGGAAAGACCUUUGAUGUGGAUGAAGACAGCCUCCUGUUGUGGGCCAAUCCCUUUCUUCAGAGUUACAUGGCUGCUGUCCAUCUGUCUUUGUCAAGGACUGUAACAGACCGCUCCUUUGUCCAGACCCUGCCUUUCCAUACAGGGGGAAAAGGCAGACGGAAACCUCAGAGGGAGGAGCUAGAGCUCACCCAGCGCUUCGCAGUGGGCCUCCUUUUCCACAACAGGACAGAGCUCAAGAGGCUUCAUUCAUGCUCUGACAUUAUAUUCAGGGCCAUGGUUCCCAGCAAACAGGCUUUGGUGAUGAAACACCUAGAAGGUCUGUCCUUCGGGGACCUGAGUUCAGCUCAGAUUCUGGAGGUUUGCAACUAUGUCUAUGAAGCAAGCUUCACGCACAAGGACAGUGGCACGGACGCUGGUGGGAAAGUCCUGGAUCAUCUAGCUGCACAUCUUCCUGAAUUUGUUACAUUUCAGGGUGUUCCCCUGAAUCCGCCCGAUGUGUUUACAGUACAGAGCAUCCUCAGCAAGGCCGGAGCUGAGGGCAGGGGUUUUCGUUUGGAUCUGGAGGACUCUGGGAUAAAGAUCUGUGGACUUAAAUCUUUGGUGGGUCUCAGCAACAUCAAUACAUACAGGGCCUGCAUAGCAGACGUCAUCACCCUCUGGGAGGAGCUAGAGACGGAUGCUGAGGAAGCUCUCCUGCAAGGAGCUGUGUCCAAAUUUAAGAUCCAUCCACUGAAAGCCACACAAGUCUGCCAUAUAGAGCAUCUAGAGAAGCUUGUCAGCAUCCAUACCCGCAGGAGGCUCUCAGACAGCUCCAACCAGUCAGUUUCCGUCCUGGCAGAGGGGGUACCAGCUGUUAAAGAGCUAUACAAGCUUGAAUUUGAGCUUGGCCCAGAAAAUGGACCCUUAGCUCUUCCUAAGCUGUGGGACCUUCUUCCUGGUCUGCAUAACCUUCAGCACUUGGAUUUGGAAAACAGUAAGAUUGGAGACAAAGGAGCAGAGAAACUGGCAAAUGCAUUAGUCUCGCUUCACUCUCUGGAGAUACUAAAUUUGUCCGAGAACUGCAUCGGAGACCAAGGAUUGAAGAAACUAGCCGUCGUUUUGAAGGACCUGCCCAAACUGCACUGUUUAAGUCUCUACAGUAAUGUGAUUUCUGAUGAAGGGGCAGAGAGUUUAGCAGCUGUCCUCCCACACAUGGCUUCUCUCACAGACCUUGACGUGAAAUAUAACAAGAUGACAGAUGUUGGAGCACAAAGCUUGGGAGCCAGUUUGAAAAACUGUGAAAAAGUUAAAACUUUAAGGAUGUGGAACCAGUGCAUUCCAUAUGGAGUUUUUGAGAGACUUCAGCAGCAGGACAGCCGCAUCCUCUGGCACUAAGCUUAAUCCUAAAAACAGAUCUGCCUUACACUGAACUCAAACAUCUUAUGUAUACAUAUGAACACUAACAUUUAAGUGUUCUAAAGCAUGUAAAACAUUACACAAACAGAAAAACUAGCAUAUGAACAUUUGCACUACAAUGAUCAGCUGCUGAUUUACUCACCAGGUAAAGAUUCUGUCUUUAAAGGGAUCACAUGAACACACCCACAUCACUCAGGCUCACUCGUGUGGUAUGCUUCAAACAAUAUUUGAACAAAACUUUGCACAACUUUAUAAUCUCUGUAUAGAAAGCUAAUUUUUAUCCUUUUUGAUAUUUUUUAGGGACAUUUUCUUUUGUGUUUGUCUUUGAGGGGGUGCAAACUAAACAUUUCCUGGCUACUUUUAUAAACACAAGUUGUUUAGUGGUGUUGUCACAUGUUUAUUUUUUCAUGUCCCUUUCUGAAUGCAUGGGUUUAUUUAAAACCCCAAACUUUCGCUUCUCCUUUGGGCAUGUUUCUGUUCUCUAUUUUUGCACAGACUGACCUUUCAGACUACAGCACUGUUCAUGGCUCUCUAAAUGUGUUAUGGAAGCACAGUAUCUACAGCAUUAACAUUUGUACUAUGUUUGGAUGAAAUGUUACAAAAGGGAGGCUGAAUCAUGUUGAUGGUGCCAAUGGCCUCUCAUGGAAUGAAAUUCCAAGUAAAGGACAGAUUUAAUAAAUGAAUUCAAAACUCCUA